AUGUCUUCUGAUUCUGCUGUCGGAGACUUCGGUCUCAUCGGUCUGGCCGUCAUGGGUCAGAACCUGAUCCUCAACGCUGCCGACCACGGCUUCACUGUUGUUGCUUUCAACCGCACUGUCGCCAAGGUCGACCGCUUCCUCGAGAACGAGGCCAAGGGCAAGUCGAUCGUUGGUGCUCACUCCAUCAAGGAGUUCUGCGCCAAGCUCAAGAAGCCCCGCCGUAUGAUGAUGCUCGUCAUGGCCGGCAAGCCCGUCGACGACUUCAUUGAGCUCCUCCUGAACGAGGGUGGCAUCGAGGAGGGCGACAUCAUCAUUGACGGUGGUAACUCUCACUACCCCGACACCAACCGCCGCACCAAGUACCUCCAGUCCAAGGGUAUCCGCUUCGUCGGUACCGGUGUCUCUGGUGGUGAGGAGGGUGCCCGUUACGGUCCCUCGAUCAUGCCCGGUGGUAACCCCGAGGCCUGGCCUUACAUCAAGGAUGUCCUCCAGGGCAUCUCUGCCAAGUCUGACGGCGAGGCCUGCUGCCAGUGGGUCGGUGACGAGGGUGCUGGUCACUACGUCAAGAUGGUCCACAACGGUAUUGAGUACGGUGACAUGCAGCUCAUUUGCGAGGCCUACGACAUCAUGAAGCGUGGUCUUGGUCUCUCCAACAAGGAGAUGGGUGACAUCUUCGCCAAGUGGAACAAGGGUGUCCUCGACUCCUUCCUUGUCGAGAUUACCCGUGACAUCCUCUACUACAACGAUGAGGACGGUUCGCCUCUUCUCGAGAAGAUCAUGGACUCUGCCGGCCAGAAGGGUACCGGUAAGUGGACCGCCAUCAACGCUCUCGACCUCGGCAUGCCCGUCACCCUCAUUGGCGAGUCUGUCUUCUCCCGCUGCCUUUCCUCCCUUAAGCAGGAGCGUGGCCGUGCCUCCAAGCUCCUCCAGGGUCCCACCCCCAACUUCUCUGGUGACAAGCAGAAGUUCAUCGACGAUCUUGAGCAGGCCCUUUACGCCUCCAAGAUCAUCUCAUACGCCCAGGGCUUCAUGCUCAUGCAGAACGCCGCCAAGGAGUACAGCUGGAAGCUCAACAAGCCCGAGAUUGCCCUCAUGUGGCGCGGUGGCUGCAUCAUCCGCUCCGUCUUCCUCAAGGACAUCACCACUGCCUACCGCAACAACCCCGACCUCGAGAACCUUCUCUUCGACGACUUCUUCAACAAGGCCAUCCACAACGCACAGGAGGGCUGGAGAAACAUUGUGGCCAAGGGCGCCCAGUGGGGCAUCCCCACUCCCUGCUUCAGCACCGCUCUGUCCUUCUACGACGGUUACCGUGCCGAGAACCUCCCCGCCAACCUCCUCCAGGCCCAGCGUGACUACUUCGGUGCCCACACCUUCAAGAUCAAGCCCGAGUUCGCCAACGACAAGUACCCCGUCGGCAAGGACAUCCACGUCAACUGGACCGGCCGUGGUGGUGACGUUUCGGCCUCGACCUACAACGCUUAA